AUGGCAUCUUCUCAAACCCUCACCACACUCUUCAUCUUUUCACUUCUAACUAUUUCAUAUGCUGCAACAGAUCCAUUCAAACUAACCAAACAAACCAACAUUCACUUCCCCAUUCGAAAAAACCAAACAAGCCUUCAAUACUACACCACUUUUGAGGCUGGAAAUCCGCAAUCACGUACCAAGGUCGAUGCAUUAAUCGACCUUGGAGCGCAAACAGUAUUUUUCGACUGCCAACCCUACGUCUCGUCCUCUUACAAGCGAGCAGCUUGCCGCUCAAACCGAUGCAAGAAAGCCUUGGGAUCAGUCUGUCUCUGGUGCAACUCAACUCCUAGACCAGGCUGCUUCAACAACUCAUGUGGUGUAAACGCUUUCAACCCGUUAACUGGAGCCUUUGCCGAGCUAGAACUUGGCGAAGAUACCGUUAGAGUAACAUCGUCAGAUGGACACUCUAUUCGCCUUAACUACGACGUUCCCAAAUUCCAAUUCUUGUGUGCGUACUUGUACGUUAACGUUUUAUAUGACUUACCAGGUUCCAACACAGCUAAAGGGUUGGUUGGUCUUGCAAGAACACAAGUCUCAUUAGUUUCCCAAAUCUCAUCUCUGUUCAGUGUAGCUAAAAAGUUUGCCCUUUGUAUACCCUCUGAUAAAGGAUUAGGCGACAUAUUUAUCGGUGGAGGACCAUAUUAUAUGCCUCCUCGCACUGAAGAUCAAUCUUUAAACCUUUCAAGCACCCUGCUCGUUAUCAAUCCGGUCAGGACCUCACCGGUUUCCGCCUAUGGAGAAGCGUCUGAUGACUACUUUAUUAAUGUUAAAACCAUUGAGAUCGACGGCAAACGUGUAUCUUUUAACUCUUCUCUGCUAUCCAUUGAUAGUAAUGGAGUUGGGGGGACAAUGAUCAGCACUGUAGUACCAUACACCACUUUGCACUCGAGUAUAUACGAACCUUUGGUUAAGGAUUUUGUUAAGGUAGCUGCAGUGGAUGGUAUCAAAAGGGUGGCAUCUGUGGCACCAUUUGGAGCCUGCUUUGAUGCCAAGACUGCUCCCAAGACGAUAGCCGGCCCUGCGGUUCCCGAUAUCGAUCUGGUUUUGGAGGGGAAAACUAUAGUAAGGUUUAAAAUGUAUGGUUCUAACACAAUGGUGGAAGCUAAGAAGAAUGUGAUAUGUCUUGCUUUUGUUGAUGGAGGAGCUGAGCCAAGAACAUCAAUUGUUUUAGGUGGGCAUCAGUUGGAGAACCGAGUGCUAGAGUUUGAUUUAGCUGCAUCAAAACUGGGGUUCACUAAUUCUCUCCUGAUCUUGAACACAACCUGCUCUCAGCACAGGCAAUCUUAA